ACCUCAGCCCUUCUGAACGCCGGAUCGGACGGACUCCAUCCAUACCUACUAUUCCCCCGAUAACUGCCUCCCUCGAUCGACCGGGCGCGCUCAGAACCUCCACUAUCACCACCCAUCAUGAGUGACACACGAGGGGAGACCUUAACGGAGGCCGGAGGCCACCACAACAUCGUCCUAACGCCUGACGAGAAGAAAGUCUUCGGGCAACUGUUCCAAGCAGCCGAUAACGAGAACCUCGGUGUCGUCACGGGAGAACUCGCGGUUAAGUUCUUUGAGAAGUCUGGACUGGGUCCGCGCAUUCUGGGAGAGAUCUGGGGAAUCGCGGAUACAGAGAACCGAGGACUGCUCACGAAGGUCGGCUUCAGCGUCGCGCUGCGAUUGAUUGGGCAGGCCCAGAAUGGACAGCACCCUCGGCCUGAGUUGGCUCAGCAACCUGGCCCAUUACCGCAUUUCGAGGGCGUCACAGUCGUCUACCCGUCGCUCCCUACCGCAUCCCCUCCUCCUCCUGCUCCGGCGCCCGUCAUUCCGCCUCCGCCUCCUGGUCCUCCACCCGGUGGCAUGAUUCGCGUGCCGAAUCUAAUGCCCCAGGAUGUGGAUAAGUUUACGAUACUGUUCGAGAAGUCUGGGGCGGUUGAUGGGCUCCUGCAGGGCAACAUUGCUCGCGACAUCUUCCAGCGCUCGAGACUGCCAACCCCGACACUCAUUCAGAUCUGGAACCUUGCCGACCAGAAGGGCCGCGGAGCGCUAGGCUGUGCUGAGUUCGUUGUGGCGAUGCAUCUCAUCACUUGUUGCAAGAGCGGCCAACUGCCUGCUCUCCCGCAGAUCCUCCCCCCGGGCCUGUAUGACGCGGCCGCCGGCCGACCUCCGACACGCAGCGGCCCGGAUCGAAGAGCUCCCGGCCGGGCGAUGCCUCCUAUUCCGCCGAUUCCGAAGCAGUUCAGUGGUCCCCAGGCCCAGCGCGCACAGUCGCCUCUGUCUCGUAACUUCACGCCGCCUGUUCCUCAGAACGCAAAUGCUAUUCAGCGCGAUCUUACGGGAGGUGGAGUGGCAGGCGGGGCUUGGGCUGUUACACCGGCAGAUAAGCAACGGUUCGAUGCGGUGUUCUUGACUGUCGACAAGGCUGGCAGGGGAGUCAUCACUGGUGAUGAGGCUGUGCCCUUCUUCAGCAACUCCAACCUCCCCGAAGAUGUUCUCGCCCAAAUUUGGGAUCUGGCCGAUAUCCACAAGGCGGGCCAGCUCAACCGUGACGAGUUCGCGAUUGCCAUGUACCUUAUUGUACAGCAGCGAAGUAAUCCGGGAAUGCCACUCCCGGAGACUCUGCCUCUCAACCUGAUCCCCCCCCAUGUGCGUCAGCAGCGUCAAUUGACAGGCCCAGCUGGCCCCGUGGUGCAGCCACCAAGCCCCUUUGACCCGCCUCUGCCGCAGCAACCCCCUCCACCGAAGUCGGCGGCAGACGAUCUUUUCGGAUUGGACCACUUUACUUCGGGCGGUGCACAGUCGCAAGCCGGCCCUGGACCCACUCCCUCUGCCGGUCCGUUCGACAAUGAUACCUGGGGAGCAUCCACGGCCCAGGACGUGUCACCGCCGAUUUCCGGAGCUCAUUCGCCAGUUCCUAACCAACUUCCCAGCUUCCUUAGCAGGCCAACACCUACGUUUGUGCCGCAAUCGAGCUUUGGACAGUCUAUCCUGCCAUCCAAUACUGGUGGAUCCAACCACUCUGCUGCGAGCCGAGGGUUCUCUCAGCAACAGAAGGGUCCAGAUAUGGAUGACUUGCUGGGUGAUGCUGAUCCGGAAGUGGGCAGAAAAGUAACCAACGAAACCAUGGAGCUGGCCAAUCUUUCCAACCAAAUUGGCAGUCUGACCAGGCAGACGCAAGAGCUGAAUAUCAAACGUGUUUCUGCAGAGUCCGAUCUAUCGUCACUUACCACGCAGAAGCAGAACAUUGAAGCCCAGUUGGCGCAGCUUCGUGCCGCUUAUGAGAAGGAGGCUGCCCAGGUCAUGCAAGUGGAGGAGCAGCUUGCGAUUUCCCGACGAGAUACCGCUACGGCGACCCAGGAUUACCACAAGAUGGAUGCAGAGCUCACCCAGUUGCAGUACAAAAAGCAGGAGCUUUUGUCUCAGCUGGAAGGGGACAGGAGGGAGAACGAGAACCUUAAGGAGAGGAUGAACUCUGUCAACACGGAAACUCGGUCGCUAAAGGAGGAACUCGAGCGAUUGCAAUUGCAGGCGCGCCGGGAGAGGGGCUUGGUGGCUAUCAACCGCAAGCAGGUGGAGAAGAGUGAGCAGGAACGUGACAAGCUCAAGAGUGGAAUCGAAGAGGCACAGAGACCCCGUGCUGCCAGUCCGCCGCCUCCAGGUAGCCCUACCCUCUCCACAGGAAGCAUCGGUGGCAGCCACAACCCCUUCCAUGCUGCGGCCCGUAAGUCGCCUCCGCCUAUCUCGGAGAGUGGAUUCUCGGCUUCGCCAUUUGCUCCUCCCAGACACUCGAUGGAUGAUGUGUUUGGACCCGCGUUUUCCUCCACACCGCCACCCGGCCACGGCUUCCCAAGGCCUCCAGCUGAUUCCAGCACCUACACUCUUUCCGGAACUGAGAGUGCCCAUGGGGGCAGGUCGACGCCUACUACCUCGGCACCUCCAUCGUCCUACCACGGUUCGCCGCCGCCGUCCGAGGCUCCCUCGCUCGCUGUCGGAUCGCAGAUGACAUCCUCUUUCCUACCCCUGCCUAUUAACCGUGCAGAUUCCACGACGUCAUCCGUGGCGGUUAAUGCUUCUGCCAGUAUUCGGGACACCGACUUCUCUCGUCCUGACACUCCUACCGGCGUGUUUGGACCCACCGCUAGUGUCGAAACCCCUGGACGGACCGCGCGGGAAGACAGGAGUGGCAGUUUCAGCGUGAAGAGUGAUGCUGGUACCGAAGCAUCGGGACGGCCCGCUUUCUCGCCUUUCGAUCGUCGCAAUGACUCUCCAUUCGCCGGCGUUGAGCGGAACAUCACUGGAACGACAUCAGGUGGUGACGAGAACAAGCCCAGAUUGGAGAAGAUGGAUUCGUUCAGCUUUAACAGCAACGUCCCUGGAGCAUUCCCUAUGGGAGAGAGCAGCACACCCAUCAAGGCCACGCCGACUGGUGAAAGCACGAUGAGCAACUUGAGCAGAGGCAGUAAUUUCAGUCGCGCCGCUGCUUUCGGUGGCGAUCCAUUCAGCAUCGGUAAGAAUGAGGCUGCGAGCGCAUCCAGCAAGGAUUUCGAUGAGGCGUUCAACAAGUUUACGGCAGUGGAGCAUCAUACCGGUGGCUCUGGAAGCGUUAGUGCCUCCAAGUUUCAUGACGAGUUCCCUCCUAUCAAAGAAGUGCGGCCGGAUAGCGAUAGUGACAGUGAUGUUGGCUUUGAUGACAACUUCACCACAGCCAGCCCUCAGGCAAAGUUGGAAUCGGCCACUCCUACUAAUGCCAACCAGGGUUUGAACUUUGAUCCCGCUGCCACAGAUGCCACCUCAGGCGCACCGCCGUCUGCCUCGGCCCAGCAAUCGCCUCCAGCAUACAGCGGUGAGAAGCCAUACGAAUUUGGCGGUCUCCUCCCAUCUCGCACCGACCCUAUGAAGCACGAUGCACCCACACCUGGCGGCAGCACUAACGCCGUCGUCUUCCCUUCUACUCCUACGGCAGCUAAGGACGAGUUCGACGAUGAUGCGUUUGGCGAUCUCGCCGAGGCUAAAGAGGCAGACGAGAAGAGUGCAGACAUUGAUUUCGUUAAUCCCUCUGGCUUUGGUGGCGACUUUAACUUCGGCGAGCCCAGCGCGGAGAACACGGCGGACGAUGGCUUUGAAUUCAACUACAACACCGACGGCACUCAGCAGCAAGGUCAGGCUCAAGGCGACGCGAACAAACAACCAGCGGCCAGUCCUCAAGACUGGGACGCCAUCUUCGCCAACUGUGUCGUGCCCUCGUCGUCGGCCCAGCAACAGCCAUUGAAGGAGAAUGUUGUGCCCGUGGCAACAGCAGAUCAGAGUGGUACGGACCCCGGUGAGGGCGGUGUUUCUCUAUCUUUCUCCUCCUCUGAUCGUCCUCCUACCACGACGACUACCAUUUCGGAAGGUGAAGAUGAUGGGAAAGUUGAGAAGUUGACCGGAAUGGGCUUUGACAGAGAGAGUUCGGUGAAAGCGCUUGAGAAGAAUGGAUGGGAUAUUGACCGAGCUAUCAAUUCCCUCAUCAACGAAGCAUAGCCUGAGCAGGAGGUAUUGUUAGGUCGAUCGUUUUUCUUACUUUCUUGUUGCUGUUGUUGGUAUUACGGUUUUGGAUAUGCACUUUUUUCCAAUACAUUUUUUCUUUUGUAAAACACACCCUCCCAGAACACCCCCAUUUGGACAAUUUUCAUAUCUCGUAUCUCGUAUCUCGUUUUUUCUCCGUCUGCCUGUCGAUCUGGGCUUGUUGUUUCCUUUGUAUUUGCGAAGGGGUCUAAUAUUGUAUGGUGGC